AUGCAGGAUGAUAGUUUAAAAGCUUUAAAACCAUUGACUGAAGAGGAAUUUAAUAGUGGAGCUACUGGAAACAAAGGAGCUUCUUUGAAAAACCGGCCAUGGGAACAUCAAGAAGGCGGUGACGUUCCACCAAAUAAUGGAAAUAAAAAGAACGGAGACGUGAAUUUGAUUUCGGUUUCGAAAUUAGCGGCUCAGGAGCGUAAGGUAAUCGCCAGUGCCAUGUGGAUUAUCACAAGAAAACCUGUAUCCGCUUUGAGCCCCGCAAAACGCAAGGUGAUUACAUCAAGAUCAUCAGGAGCAGAGAAUCCCAAACUAGGGGGCUGGUUACCCUGGAAAGGUCAUAUGGGUGGCGCGCAGGAGUUGAGUCUCGACAGUGGAUGGGUUCAUUUUUCGGUCGUCAUUCACGAGCUUAUGCACGCCAUCGGAUUCGAUCACGAACAAGAGUGCCCCGACCAAAGUCGAUACAUCACCGUGAAUUUCGAUAACAUCAAGAAAGGCAAACUCUUCGUUUGUUAA